GAAAUUCGUUCUCGACUAGCCCUAAUAAAGUUUUUAGCAACGCUGUCAUCAAAAGAAUUCAUUUUGUUACAACCAUUUCACUUCGUCUUGGCAACGGUGCGUCGGAUGACUACCCGCUUACACUACAUCUGACCGUUUCGGCCAUUCACUAUUCACCUACCCAAUCACCUUUGACUGUCUCGCCCGAUUGCCGGUUGGCCUGUCCAACCAUUCACGACAUCUCUGUCAUUAGACCUCUUUAGAAACCAUCCGGUCCAUUACGCAACUACUCGCGUACGAAGAUACAAUAUGGCUUCCGACCAGCUCUCGACUGGGCCAAAGAGGCCGUUCCAGGACACGCCGGACUGGCAGGCCGGAAAAUUUAGCAAACGCACACGGAUUGUUGGCGACGACAUCAAAACUUGUACAUCUCCACAUAUAAAGCUUAUUCAGAGAACGGAUUCAAAUUCCUGGGGACCUCCGGCAGUAGCCGCCGUCCGAGCAGAGCUCGAGGCUGUAUCGGAUACGAACGAGGGCCUCCUACGUACAUAUCAUCCUGGCCUUGCCAACAUCGGCAAGGUCUCAGUGAUGAGAGAGCCUUCCACGGGGCAUAAGAUAUGGAUCACAAGUAAUCCUAGAGCAGCGACCCACGUGGGCGGAAGAGAGGUCCACCUUGUGCCUUCAUGCGGGUUUCGCCCUCGGGAGAUUUAUACGAAGUUCGUACCCGAUGGGAUGGAGGCUCCCCUUGACCCGCGGCGUCUCCUAACUUCCACGGAAAUUGACGCAUUGCGGCUGGCUUUCCCAGGUGCUAUGGGCGUCCAAGUGUUCAUCUCGGACUUCGUCGUACUGCUAUAUCCCUCGACGAGGUCAAUCCUGAGGUCCUGGAACGACUUCGGAAUCUCUAGCACUUGGGGAAACCUGCACGUGUUUUGAACCGUGCCAGAUUGCCAGCCAAGCCGUCAAUCUGGCGCUCGCAUUGCCGACUCCCCAGAUGCCGUGCAUGGAACGGCCUCCCUUGGUCUUAAGCUACGCUUGCCAG